UAUAAUCAACUUGUUCAUUCCAUUUUGAACUCUCCAACAAUUAAACAUCAUAUUUUAUAAAGAUAAUCAUUUGUUAUGAAAUGAAGAACACCACCCAAUUGUUGCGUGGGAGAUGAGCUGCCGACUCAUUAUAAAUUCAAUGGAUCUUCCUCUGUUUUCAAACCCACUCUCUGUUUUUCCUCUGUUUCUUACAAAUGGGUGCUGUUGUUAGAGCCGAUCGCGACGGUCCCAAUCAGCCCCUCCUCUCGACCAAACACAACAUAACAGCGAAUCGAAGCGAGGAUUUCGUAUCCAAAUUUUGGGUCGAAACCCAGAAGCUAUGGCUAAUCGUUGGCCCUUCCAUAUUCAGUCGUGUCGCGAGCUUCUCCAUGAACAUCAUCACCCAAGCUUUCGCUGGUCAUUUGGGUGAUGUCGAACUUGCUUCCAUUUCUAUCGCCAACACUGUAAUUGUCGGAUUCAAUUUCGGCCUUCUGUUGGGAAUGGCAAGUGCGCUAGAGACGCUGUGUGGGCAAGCAUUUGGAGCAAGACGAUACCACAUGUUGGGUAUCUAUUUGCAGCGUUCAUGGAUCGUUUUAACCCUCUGUUGUUUCUUCUUACUCCCUGUAUACUUCUACGCCACACCCCUUCUGAAACUGCUAGGCCAAGCCGACGAUGUAGCCGAGCAAUCAGGGGCUGUGGUGCUUUGGUUAAUACCCCUUCAUUUCAGCUUCGCGUUUCAGUUUCCAUUACAGAGGUUUUUGCAAUGCCAACUCAAAACCCAAGUGAUCGCUUGGGUUUCUUUAGCUGGAUUAUUAGUUAAUAUCGUUGCUAGUUGGGUUUUGAUUUAUGUUCUUGAGCUUGGUGUAAUUGGCGCCGCCAUAGCUCUGGAUAUUUCUUGGUGGGUUUUGGUUUUGGGAUUGUAUAUCUACACUGUCGGUGGUUGGUGUUCUUCAACUUGGACUGGCUUCUCCGUUCAAGCCUUUCAAGGGCUCUGGGAUUUCACUAAACUCUCCGCAGCUGCUGGCCUCAUGCUAUGCUCGGAGAAUUGGUAUUACAGGAUACUCGUCUUGAUGACAGGGAAUUUAAAGAAUGCGACAGUAGCCGUCGAUGCAUUGUCCAUAUGCAUGAGCAUCAAUGGAUGGGAGAUGAUGAUUCCUUUAGCAUUCUUCGCCGGCGUUGGAGUACGGGUGGCGAACGAGCUGGGAGCUGGCAAUGGGAAAGGAGCCAAAUUUGCGACAAUUGUCGCAGUGGCACAGUCGACAGUGAUUGGAGUAGUGAUAUGCGUUGUUAUAAUGAUUCUUCACGACAAAAUUGCUUUAAUUUUCACGACCAGCAGCAGCGUGGUGGAAGCUGUGGGCACACUAUCAAGCUUGCUAGCUAUCACCAUUCUGUUGAACAGCAUCCAGCCAGUUCUUUCAGGCGUAGCGGUUGGAUCAGGCUGGCAGUCUUGGGUUGCGUAUAUAAAUAUUGGCUGCUAUUAUGUCAUAGGGCUCCCUCUUGGGUUCAUCAUGGAAUGGGUUUUACACUCUGGUGUAUUGGGUAUUUGGGGUGGAAUGAUCUUCGGAGGCACGGCUGUUCAAACGAUUAUAUUAGUGAUUAUCACCGUGAGGACGAAUUGGGAUCGAGAGGCGGAGAAAGCACAAGAACAUGUGGAAGAGUGGUCGAGUCCUCAACAAAACGACAAGCCUCUUCUUGCCUAAAGUUUGUCUAUUUUUUUGUUUUUUUUACGAUCGAAAUGAUUUAUGUUGUUGGUUUUUUAAAAGCUGUCCAUUGAUGGUAUGUUCUUUCAAUUAUGGUGGCUACCUAAAAUGAUUCAAAAGUUAGGUAACAUGUGAUACAAAAAAUGUGUCAAAUGUGACGAUGGGAGGGGAAGAACAAGGACCAAAAUGCUGUUGGCAAUGAGAUUCCUUGUUUGUUUUGGUUA